AUGGUGCAGCCGGACGCUGUCCAGGAGUUGAAAGUGGAGGGUCAUUGGGUCCUGCAAGAGCUCAAUGUGUUUUCCCCUUUUCUGGCCCAGAUGGUCCACCUGCAAACCCUCUUCCUUGUGAAUUGCUGCAUGGGUUGCGGGGGGGGCCCCGGGAAGAACACUGACCGCAAGGUGCGGAGGCUGCUUCGCCAAUUCAGCUCUCAGCUCGUCGGCCUGACCCGGCUCCAGCACCUCACCCUGCAUGCUCUCCCCUUCCUCAAUGACCACCUGCGCCUGCUGCUCAGGUCCGUGCAGGCCCCCUUGGAGACCCUCUGCAUAAGACACUGCAUUCUUGGGGACCUGGACCUGACGUACAUGUCCUCGCUGCCCUGCACCAGUCGCCUAAGGUCCCUGGAUUUGAGUGGUUUACGCAGGGCUUGCUACCACUACGAAUUCCUCGCCGCUCUGCUGAACAGGGUCUCGGCCACCCUGGAGUCCCUGGACCUAGCGGACUGUGGCAUGCAUGACUCGGACCUCAAUGACCUGCUGCCCGCUCUGUGCACCUGCUCCCAGCUCAAAAGCUUGAUGCUCUGUGGAAACCUAGUGUCCAUGGCUGUGCUACAGCACCUGCUGGCUCUCACUCUUCCCAGGUGCAUGUUUACCUUCCUCCGGCUGCCUGUCCCUCUGCACUGCUAUGUGCGGCCCCGAUAUACACUGCACCGGGGUAUCCUUGAAGACGUGAUCUCGGAGCUGAGGCCGAUCCUGCAGCCCUACAGGCCCCUCCGAGUGUUCUUUGAUCAUAGGAUCUGUUACAAAGACUGUGAUGCAAUCUAUGUCCAUCUGAACCAUUAA